UUUUCACUUUACGAUAGCUGCGGAGCGAUAGGAAGAACCAGAAAAGCGGCGGCUCCAGUCUUGUGCCUGAAUCACAUUCGGUUGAGAUGGCCGGACCAUCAAACUCUGACUCGAAGGGCCUCCUCUACGGAGAAUACCUCAAGCUAGAUCAGCUCCUGAGCUGUCAGGAUCCUGUUUCCAGGGACAACGAAAAUGUUCAUGAUGAACACUUAUUUAUCAUCACUCACCAAGCCUACGAACUUUGGUUCAAGCAAAUCCUCGUCGAACUCGAUUCGAUCCGUCCGCUAUUCGAUGGAGAAGUGGUCGAAGAGGCAAAUAUGUUGCUCAUUACGCAACGUCUUAAUCGAAUCGUCUUGAUAUUGAAGUUGCUCGACGAUCAAGUGGCGAUACUUGAAACCAUGACUCCGCUCGAUUUCCUGGAGUUUCGAAAUUAUUUGGCGCCUGCGUCUGGCUUCCAGAGUCUCCAAUUCCGACUGCUCGAAAACACACUCGGAGUAAAAAAUGAGCAUCGCGUGAACUAUGGGCGCGAUCACUACGUCACUGUUUUCAAAGAUCCGGUGGCUAUCCAGAGAGUCAAAGAAUCACACGAGAAAUCGUCACUGCUUCUCCUAAUCCAGGGUUGGCUCGAGAGGACACCGGGACUGGAAAAGGAUGGCUUCAAUUUCUGGGAGAAGUACAAAGAAGUAGUGACGUCUAUGUUGAACCGAAUGCAAGAGAGGGCUGUUCAGGAUAAUGAUCCAUCACUCCUGGAAACGGUGGCAAGGAAAAGGGAUGUCUUCGAAACAAUUUUCGACGCGACAAUCCACGCGGAACUCGUCCGUCGAGGAGAGCGCCGCUUGUCCCACAAAGCUCUACAGGGAGCUCUGAUGAUCUAUCUGUACCGCGACAAUCCCAGGUUCCAUCAAGCAUUCCAUAUGCUCCAUUUGCUACAGGAUAUAGACUCGCUGAUUACGAAAUGGAGAUACAAUCACGUGCUCAUGGUUCAGAGAAUGAUCGGCUCCUCACUCGCCGGAACAGGAGGCUCAUCCGGUUACCAAUAUCUUAGAUCAACUCUGAGUGAUCGUUACAAGGUGUUCCUUGAUCUGUUCAACCUCGCGACGUUCAUCAUUCCGCGUUCGUGUCUGCCACCGUUGACACCCUCGCUCGCGCGAACCUUGUCUGUGACGGAGAACGUCGACGAAAUCAAGAAGUUCCUAUCCUAGAUGCGGACCGCAUCGAGGGGACCGAUUUCGGAACGUCCAUUGUCGACCGACGGAGAUGUUCCGCUUCAUCGCUUGAUCAAGACCAUGGGAUAUGUUUCGCAACGCGAGGGUACCUAACAGCGCAGCUUGGCCGACCACGAGAACCGAGCAGCAGAUUAUUAAUAAAGCCUCUCCUUUUAUCAAUUU